GCAAGCUGAUACUUUGCACGCGUGAAUCAGCCGGGCUGAGGCCAUCCAAACGACAGAUUUAAGCUGGUGGGGUGGAGAGGGGUGAGAAGAUCUCAGUUCUCUCCCUGCUUCCAACAACCUUUGUUCCAUUUCUUCUACUCGACUGCUCUCUCGUCUCCUCCUCCCGCGCCCACACGACGUGAGGUGAGCAAGAGCUCCGCGAACUCCGAGGGCACGGUAAUGGCGACAGCCGGGGUGGCGGAUGCCAAAGGCACCGGCGGCACCGAUAAGAUGGCUGCGUUGAAGGAGAUAUACAACAAGCUCAAGGCGGAGGUGCUCGAGGACCAUGCCGUCGAGAUCACUAACGAGUCGGCCGUCCAGUGGAUUGAUCGCAUGGUGGAUUACAAUGUACUCGGAGGAAAGUGCAACCGCGUGCUCUUUGUAAUUGAUAGCUACAAUAUACUGAAGAGUGCUGAUGUUCUAAGCCAGGAGGAGAUAUUUCUUGCCUGCACCCUUGGUUGGUGUAUUGAGUGGCUUCAAGCUUAUUUUAUUGUGCUUGAUGAUAUUAUGGACAACUCUCAGACACGACGUGGCCGCCCUUGCUGGUUUACGGUGCCUCAGGUUGGCCUCACUGCUAUAAACGAUGCAAUUAUCCUUCGCAACCAUGUUCCACGUAUCCUUCGCCACCACUUCAAAGGGAAGCCAUAUUAUAUUGAUAUCAUAGAUUUGUUCAAUGAGGCCGAGUUUAAGGUAGUUUCAGGGGAGUUGUUGGAUUUUAUCAUUACUCAUGAGGGUAGAAAGGAUCUGACUAGAUACAAUGAGACAAUUUACCGCCAUAUCGCUGACUACAAGUGUGCCUACCAUUCCUUUUAUAUUCCUGUUGCAUGUGCUUUGUUGCUGGCUGGUGAGAACCUAGGUAACUUUGGUGAUGUAAAGAAUAUUCUCAUUGAAAUUGGAAUAUAUUUUCAAAUCCAGGAUGAUUAUCUAGACUGUUUUGGUGACCCUGAAUUCACGGGCAAGAUUGGGACUGAUAUUGAAGAGUCCAAGUGUUCCUGGUUAGUUGUGCAAGCUCUUGAACAUUCUGAUGAGAACCAAAAGAGCAUUCUUUUUGAAAAUUAUGGAAAGUCUGAUCCAGCAUGCGUUGCAAAAGUGAAGGACUUGUACAAAGAGCUUAACCUGGAGUUGGUGUAUCGUGAGUACGAGAGGGAGAUCUACAUCAAGCUCAUCGCUGACAUCGAGGCCCAGCCGAACAAGGCUGUUCAGACUAUUUUGAAGUCCUUCCUGCACAAGAUCUACAAGAGACAGAAGUAGACCUAGCUCGUUAGGAAGCUGCUCGAUCGAUGCUUGCAUGAAGUUACUCUGUUUGAUGUGGUAUUUGUACUGUGUUGUUGUUGUUCGGUCUUAAAUUUGCUAUCAUAUUGUGCGCCCAGCUUACAUGUAAUAAAGUGCAUGUUCUUGUGGUGUGUUAAUCA